UUUCAUCCAUUGGCUAAACAAUCUACAAUGCGCUUUUGUAUCGCUGUAUGUCUUUUGGCUCUUGCCAUCAAUGGAUCCUACGCGGGAUUUAGCAGCUACGGUGGAGACUCUUCAGGAUUAGAAGGAGGACAUGGAGGCAGUUCGGGAGGUGGUUAUGACCAAGGUAGCUACGGACAAGAUCAAGGUGGAUACGGACAAGAUCAAGGAGGAUACGGACAAGAUCAAGGAGGAUACGGACACCCACAAGUCAGUGUAGAACACCACGAAAUUCCAACACACACCAUCGAACACACCAAGCCGGUCCCUGUGUCAGUAGUCAAGAAAAUCGGUGUCCCAGUACCGCACCCAGUGGGAGUCCCAGUACCACAGGUUAUCAAGGUUCCAGUACCACAACCUUACCCUGUCCACGUUCCAGUGCCACAACCCAUCGCAGUACCAAUCUACAAGCUUGUGCCACAAGAAAUCGAGAAGAAGGUCCCCAUCACCGUUGAGAAACUAGUUCCUGUAUACGUAGACAAGCCAUACAAAAUUGAAGUUGAAACUCAUCACCCUGUACAUGUUGCCAAGCCAUACCCAGUGCACGUACCAGUGUACAAACAUGUGUACAUCUCGUCAAAACAUCACGAUCACGGCUGGCACUGAGUUUAGGAAUUUAAUUUUAGGCAUCUUUUAAUUUAAAUUAAUUCUUAUUCAUCUCAUCACCUCAUCUUCCCCAUCCCAUGUUUUUGUUGUUCUUUAUGCUUCGACUGAAUC